AAAAAAUAAAUAAACGUGUCGACAGGCAACAGGUCGUAGUUUACUUUGUAUCACACCAUUUCCUCCCUGGUGUUGUUGUUCACUUUAAUGUCGUCUGAUGAGAUUCCUUCGAAAAAACCAGUUGUGGGUAUCCAUGAGGAGGGGGAGGGCUGAUCCACUCCUCUGUUGUUAGUGUGACGCCCAGAAACCCAGCUCGGCCAUUCAUUGUUACCUCCAGCUCUGCCGAGGAGGAAACAGCCUUCACAGACCGUGCCUUCACUCCGUCCCCUCACCUGACCUGCUCCGGCUUACUCCCCCUCCUGGUGCGUUCCUCCAUCAGUGCUCACCAUGGUUUCUACUGGGAGACAACUGCUGGGCUUGGCCCUGGCCAUCGUAGGCUGGAUCGGCGCCAUCUUGGUGUGCGCUCUGCCCAUGUGGAAGGUGAGCGCCUUCAUCGGCGCCAACAUCAUCACGGCGCAGACCACCUGGGAGGGCAUCUGGAUGAACUGCGUGGUGCAGAGCACGGGCCAGAUGCAGUGCAAGGUGUACGACUCUCUCCUGGCGCUGAGCUCCGACCUGCAGGCGGCGAGGGCCCUGACCGUGGUGUCCAUCGUGGCGGGCGUAGUCGGCAUCCUGCUGGGCAUCGUCGGCGGCAAGUGCACCAACUUUGUGAGCGAGGAGCGGGCCAAGAGCAGGAUCGGCAUCGCGGCCGGCGUGGUGUUCCUGAUUGCGGGGGUGCUUGUGCUGGUGCCGGUGUGCUGGACGGCCAACACCGUCAUCCAGAACUUCUACAACCCCAUCCUGCCGUCCGUCCAUCGAGCCUCCCCGUCUGCGAUGGCUUCGCUGGGGAUCCAGAUGCUGGCCAGCGCCCUGGCCCUGAUGGGCUGGGCGGGCGCCAUCCUGGGCUGCGUCAUGCCCCUGUGGCGGGUCACGGCCUUCGUGGGGUCCACCAUCGUCACCUCGCAGACCAUCUGGGAGGGCAUCUGGAUGAGCUGCGUGUGCCAGAGCACGGGCCAGAUCUCCUGCAAGCCGUACCAGUCCAUGCUGGCGCUGAGCUCCGACCUGCAGGCCGCGCGGACGCUGACCGUGCUCGCCAUCCUCACGGGCGCCGCGGGCCUCCUGCUGGCCUUCAUCGGCGGCAAGUGCACGCGCUUCCUGGACGACGCGCCAGGCCGGAGCAAGGUGAUGGUGGUGCUGGCGGCGGGAGGCGUGCUCAUCGCCGCGGGACUGCUGCUCCUGAUCCCCUCGUCGUGGACGGCCGCCUCGGUGGUCAGCAAGUUCUACAGCGCCAGCAACGACGCCCAGCGCCGGGAGAUGGGGGCGUCGCUGUACAUCGGCUGGGCGGCGUCCGUCAUGCUGAUCCUGGGCGGGGCGCUGCUCAUCGGCUCCUCCUGCCCGCUCCGACCCCCGGACGACGACGAGAGGAGCGCGUCCGCCGUGCGCUACGUGGCGGUGCGCGUGCCCACCGGGUCGGGCCGCACGGCGCCCCGGACCCCCGUGUCUCCGCCCGCACCGCAGGGGUCGGCCAAGCUGCCGUGGGGGGAGGGGUCGGCGAGGUCGGAGGGCAGCAAGGCCCUGUCCACCAAGUCUCAGCUGGAGAGACCCGGGUCCACCAGGUCUGAGCAGAGCAGUGCCCUGUCCACCAAGUCGCAGCUGAAGCGAGCCGCCGCCGCCGACGCUUCGCUGGAGUCGGUGAAGACCGAGGGCAGCGAGGACGCUCGGUCCAACGCGGUCAAAUCAUACUUAUAGGAGCACGACCCCCCCCCCCCCCUCCCCCCCCCCCCCCCCCAUGCUGCGCCCUGAGCCCACCGCCUCCAUGCGGCUCCUCCACAAACACUGCACUGUGUAGCGAUAUAGCAUGGACUCACCAUUUCACUGUUAACCUGCACUAUUGACUUUUCAUGCAGUGACAUGGUUUGAGAACAUAUGCCUGGCUAUGUUUAGCAAUGGGUGAUGAUACGCUUUAGACAUGAAGGAUUUGUUCAAAACCUUUUUGAAAAAUGUUUGAUAUGUUGAAGAUGUGUAAGUACAUCUUCAAAGCUCUAGUGAAGAUGUUUAUUUGUGAUUGUUAUGACGUAAAUGUUGAUUCUUAAUUAACGAAGACGAUGAAGUUAACGUGCACUCAGAUUUGAGGGAAACUUUCAAUGUUUUAGUAUGUUGUAUCCCAUUUAUAGAUUAGAUAGAUUUAUACAUAUCCUAUUUCACCUUAACUGAAAGUAAUUGUUUUUUCGUGGAAACAAUGGAAGGUUUGAAAUAGGAGCUCACUAUCUGACAAUGCUCUCAUGCUUUUACAAACCACAUGGUAAACUGGUUUGACAGAAAGUGGGCUUUCACGAGGCCGGGCAAUACAGAGAGGCCUUGGAUGACAUUAGGUUUCACUGCAGGGCGCUCUGCCUGUCCGCAUUGGAAAUUUUUUGCAUAUUCAAAUAUGGUGUUUCGAUGCAAACAAGAACUUUUAUGCUGAGCAAAAUGCACAUUUAGUUAUUAUUGAUAUAUUACAUAUGAGUUUUGAUAUUGUAUUCGUGUACAAGACAACUGCCCGCUUAUCCUUUUAAAACCAAGUUUAUGUGUUGUACAUUUACAUUCUUCAAUCUAAAAUCAACAUUUCUUAUCGUA